AAAAAAUAUCUUUGUUUUCUUGUCUUUUUGCAUUUGUUUUCAAAUCAUCAAAAACUUUUUUUCUUUGUUUAAUCAAGUACCACAUAUAAACUAAAUCACACAUUUCAAAUUUUCUCUCUACGCUCCUUCAAAAGUUUCAAUCUUUUCCAUUGUUUUGUCAUUCUAAAAUCAAUUAGUUCAUUGCUAAAAAAGUUAAUUUUUUUUUGCUUUGUUAAAAAAAUUCCAUCUUUUCAAUAUUGAUAGGGAUUCUGAUGAUCUAAAAAAAUCUGAGUUUUUUGGCACGAAAAAUUGCAUCUUUUUCGCUACCCACUAGCUAAAAACCGUUACUUUCCCUCUCUUUCUCAUAAACCCCAUAAAACACUAACAAAAAGUUCUCAACUUGCACCAACAAAUAAACAAAUUCAUCUCAUUUUCUUGAGAAAGUUCUAGUUUUUAAUGGGUAAUUCAUGGUUUUUCAUUUGGGUUUUGCUUUUAGGAUUAAUGGGUAGCUGUGUUUAUGGUUUGGGUGUUAAUUGGGGGACUCAGGCAAUUAAUAAAUUGCCACCAAGAACUGUUGUGAAGAUGUUGAAAGAUAAUGGUAUUCAAAAAGUUAAACUUUUUGAUGCAGAUAAGAACACCAUGAGUGCUCUUGCUGGCUCUGGUAUUGAGGUUAUGGUUGCUAUACCUAAUGAUCAGCUUGCUGUUAUGAAUGAUUAUGAUCGUGCUAAGAAUUGGGUUAGAAGAAAUGUUACAACUUAUCACUUCAAUGGAGGUGUUAACAUCAAGUAUGUCGCAGUUGGGAAUGAGCCUUUCCUCACGGCUUACAAUGGAUCAUUUUUAAAUAUCACGUUCCCAGCGCUUCAGAACAUUCAAAACGCCCUCAAUGAAGCUGGUGUAGGAGACUCCAUAAAGGCCACCGUGCCUUUAAAUGCUGACGUCUAUGACUCGCCCAUUGAUCAGCCUUAUCCAUCUGCUGGAAGAUUCCGCACAGAUAUUAAUGAUAUUAUGACCAACAUUGUUCAAUUUCUGCAUAAGAACAAUGCACCUUUCACCAUAAACAUCUAUCCAUUCCUGAGUCUCUAUGGAAACGAUCACUUCCCUUUCGACUAUGCUUUCUUUGAUGGGGCACCUCAACCUGUAGUUGAUAAAGGUACUGGAAUCCAAUACACCAAUGUAUUUGAUGCUAACUUCGAUACGUUGGUCUCAUCACUCAAAGCAGUUGGUCUUGGAGACUUGCCCAUCAUAGUUGGGGAAGUCGGCUGGCCUACUGAUGGCGACAAAAAUGCGAGAAUGGAUUAUGCAUAUAGAUUUUAUAAUGGUCUCCUACCACGACUUGCGAAAAAUAGUGGCACCCCACUUCGGAAUGGAUACAUAGAAGUCUACCUGUUUGGUCUUCUCGACGAGGAUGCCAAAAGUGUAGCUCCUGGAGACUUCGAGCGCCAUUGGGGAAUCUUUGGGUAUGAUGGUCAACCAAAAUUUGCAAUUGAUUUUUCAGGGCAAGGUCAAAACAAGCUUCUUUUGGGUGCACAGGAUGUUCAAUAUCUACCGUCGAGAUGGUGUGUGUUUAAUCCGAAUGCCAAGGACCUUAGCAAGCUCGCGGAUAACAUUGAUUUUGCUUGUACUUUUUCGGAUUGCACGGCUCUCGGAUAUGGCUCGUCUUGCAAUGGAUUGGAUGCUAAUGGGAAUGCCUCUUAUGCAUUCAAUAUGUACUAUCAAGUACAAAAGCAAGACCAAAUGGCCUGCAAUUUUCAAGGGUUGGCUAUGGUUACUUCACAGAAUCUUUCACAAGGAACUUGCAAUUUUAUUGUUCAGAUAGCAUCACCUUCCUCUCUCAUCUAUCCGUCACGGUUUGGUUUAGCAUUGGUGAUUGUGUUAACAUUUUUGUUUUUAUAGGUUUUUUUUUGUAGAUAAUUAUUUUGAAUUAUGAAGUUGAGUUUACUAAUUUAUUUAAUAAAAAUUGGAAGAUAUUCUUGA